UUUAGUUUUGUCAGUAAAGUGGGUAGUGAAUACCGUAGUCGAAUCGGAAGUUCGUGUGCUUCGUCGCUUAGUUGGUUAAACGAGGAGUUGCUAUUCAAUAUCCAUUUUGUUCGUUUAUCGGAGAGACGGGGGAGGGAGUGAAUAUUACAACACGAUACAACAUUUCCUAAUCAAUUUUGUCGCCAGUCGAACGACAUUCACAAAUUGAAUUCCGAAGAAAAUCGUUUCGAAUUGGUUUAGCAAGAGUGAUGGUUUUUUGACGCGUGAUUCGCUCGUGUUUGCUCCAUUGCAUCCGUGUGUGGGCAGCGAAGGAGGAGGCGGAAAAUUUCUCCUGCCUUGUACGCCUGUGUUGAAGCCGAUGAGGGGACACUCGCUGCAUCAAUCCAACAUGGAGCGAUCGGUGCCAGCAUCGCCAGUGCGUUUGUUAUUGUUUUAUUAGUCGAAAUUAUUGCUCAUCCGGUGGGUCAAAGCUAAUUUUGCAGCUACUGUGGAGGAAACAGCUGGAACUGUGCAUUUUAAGUGGUGAAACGGUGCUUGUCCAGAUGAUAACAAAGUGCUAAAACUGCAAUAGGUCAAAGCUUUUGUUUUGAUAAUAGUGGCGCAUUUCGAAAAAAACAGUAUCUGGUGGACGCAGCAGUAUCUAGGGGAAAAUUAAUGCGCGAAACCUGGUGUCCGUCGUAGAGACGAACCACUGUGGAAAAACAGCAUGGAUAUAAUUACACAAGUAGUAGAUGAUGGAACAGCAUCGACAAAUAGUGAAAAAUUUCUCCAAGCAUCGUCACCCACAUUUUUCCUGCCCUCCGUCGGUGCUUCCUCGUUUAACGACAGGGACUGUCAGCGCUCGUCUGUCGGUGUGGAAUCCAUCGAGGAAACGAGAGCGAAAGCAACGAUCAUCUGUGACCUAGAUCAGCACACGCCGCCGGUAUUCGGCGGGAAAGAUCGUACCUACCAUCAUCAUUUGCUAGUGCAGCAUCAGCACCUGCAUCAUCAUCAUCACCAUCUACACCACCAUAAGCUCCACAAUCUGCAACUUCAGCUGAACGGUACUUCAGCUGCUAGUAGCAUCAGCAAAUCUCCCACCGCCAACAGCAUCGACAUGCGGGACAACUACUGCUUCUACCGGUUGCAGCGGUUUGUCUCGCGUAAUCCGAUGCUUAACUACCUGCUGCCACUAUGCGUGAUCGCAGUGCUAGUGUUUGUGAUUUACGCCUUUCGGGAUUACGCUAAAACGCUCCUGUACUGGAUCGAGACACAAAACUCGUGGAUCAUAUUCGCCAUCUUCCUGUGUUUGUUCACGAUCGUUAGCUUCCCGGUGACGGUCGGCUACCUGGUGCUGAUAAUCAGCAGUGGCUACCUGUUCGGGUUUAUUAAAGGGCUGCUUACGGUGGUAAUCGGGGCCAACCUUGGCGUAGCCAUCGCACAUAACACCAUCAAGGGACUGCAGUCCAAGCUGCCAUUGCAUAAGUUGAUAAAGAAUGAGACCGCCCGGGCCAUUCUGCGCGUGAUAUCGGGACCACGGGCGUUCAAAAUAGUAUUAUUCGCCAGACUGACGCCGAUACCGUUCGGACUGCAGAACACCAUCUUCGGGCUCAGCGCGGUAAAUGCACGGAGCUACCACACAGGCACGGUGAUAGGUCUGCUGCCGGCUCAAACCAUCAAUGUGUAUCUUGGUUCCAAGCUGCGCUCGAUUCAUGAAGUGCUCAACGAUCACAAUGCCGCCCUUGGUCUUGCUGGUUACGGCGUGUUCGUGGUAGAGGUCAUUGUCGGUGCCGCUCUAAUGGUCUGGGUAAUACAGAAAGCACGCACGGAGCUGUCCGCAGCUCUGCUGUCUGAUAUGGAGUCAGAUGAAAAGAUACUGAUUGAAAUCGAGGCGUAGAACUGUUGCACCGAUUUAUCGAAUAACGUCUCGGCUGUUAUAUACAUGUUAAAAUAGAAUUAAAGCAAAGGAGAAUCUUGCAGCAAGCUCGAGUCAGGUCGAAUAUGAUAAGCAAGUGAUUAGGGUAAGAGUUGUGCCUCGAAGAGUCGAAGAGGGGGGUUUCAGACAGUGUCUGGACAUCAGAGUCGUUCCUAUGAGAAAAAAAAGUCAGGUAAGAGUUUGUUUUCAGAUGGUACCGAAUAUUACUCAAGUUCUAACUCUACAACAAAUUUGUAACUCCCUGGAGUCUAUCUUUGUGUUGCCUCUGAUAAACCGUCCAUGUUGUUUUUUACAUUAAAAUAUUUUUAGAUUUUUACAAGUUUUGUCCAACGAUUUAUCAACAGUAAGGAAGGAAAUGUAAAUUUCUUGGUAUCCACUAUCAGCAAACAACUGCAAUAAAGUUAAUCGAUGUGUCCAAAAGGCAUGACGAAUCUAUCGAGUGCUUAAUAAUAAAUCGCUGCUAGCGAACGUGAGUAGAAUGAAUUACUUCGAAUCGCUUAUCUUUCUGCUAGCUUAGAAAACAAUCAGAUACCGUCAGGCGUGGUAUAUAAAAAUUUCGGUUUCGAUUGGUGUGCUUUAGAAUUCUGGCCACAAGCAAAAUCAAGUCGUAAAAGUGAUAUCGAAGCAAGGCACCGAUCGAGGGCAAACACGAACAGUACAAAUCUGCGAAACUGCGAAACUUUGACUUCCUUACAAGUAACAAGUAAUUUUUCGAAUCAUAUUUUUGCUUAACAGAAGGAAAGAAGUCAUUAAUUUCAAAAUUUUUGGUUCCACGAGCUCCUUGCUCAGUACUUGUGAUAAAAAUUUGUUCCGUUGAAUGAUCCUACUUAGCGUAAGUUAGGGCCUAGAAUGCGCUCGGAAUACCACAACUCGUGCGUUUUUAAUGUUCUCCCUUGUUUCCUGUUAUUUAUUGUUUCGUUCGUUGUACAAACUACUGUAAAUCCAGGCACCGUAAUAUAUAACUAGGAAGUAAGAUUGCAUUACUUGAAAAGACUAUGAAACCUAUGAAUAAAAUCUUAAACACAUUACCUAUACCAA